AUGGCCGAGGCAGAACUACAAGCGUUUGCGUCUAUCAUGGACGCGCUGGUUUGUUUGCAGUCGAGCAUGAGGAGCAUGGAGAAGGAGCUGCACUGCCCUGUGUGUGAUGGGAUUGUGAAGCAGCCCAUUCUCUUGCCCUGCCAGCACAGUGUGUGUCUCCUGUGUGCCGCGGAGGUCUUAGUACAGAGAGGCUACCCUCCUCCAGAUCUGCCUCCUGAGCCGCUCUCUCCUGCCUCCACACCCAACACUCGCUCCCCCCGACAAGGACGCAGACCCCCACCCAGGACACCAGACCGCCUGGAGCAUAUCCUCAGAACAGGUAGGCCUACAAUUACCGUUGUCUUGUUUCCUGGUGCAGUGUGUGGGUCGUAUCCAGGACGACGGAGGAAGGACACUGGCCCCCCGAUGCUGUUUCCCUGCCCCUCUUGUCAGCAGGACGUGGAGCUGGGAGAGCGAGGACUCACUGAGUGCCUGCGUAACCUCACACUAGAACGCAUUGUGCAGAGGUACAGACACACUAUCAGCCUGGGGAGUGUGGCCAUCAUGUGUGGCUUCUGUAAGCCUCCACAGUCUCUGGAGGCCACAAAGGGCUGCGCUGACUGUAAAGCCAACUUCUGCAAUGAAUGUUUUAAACUCUACCACCCGUGGGGCACACCCCGAGCUCAGCAUGAGCACAUUUUACCCACAAAUAACUUUCGGCCAAAGGUUCUGACCUGCACAGUCCACGAGCAUGAGAAAAUGCAGUGGUACUGUCGUCACUGCCAGAAGCUCCUGUGCCAGUACUGUAAGCUCCGGCGGGUUCAUCAUGGGCACAAAGUAAUGCCCAUAGCAGAGGCUUACCAGGCUCUGAAGGACAGAGUGACUAAGCAGGCCAAUUUCAUUCUGGCCAACCAAGAUAUAAUAAAGAGCCAGAUUGCCCAGAUUGAGGCCACAAUUAAACAAAUGGAGGCCAACAGUGCUGUGGCGAUGCAAUACCUGGUGCAGAGUGUCCGUGAGCUGGGGGCCGCAGUCUCAGAGCGUCAGGCGGCUCUGGCUCAGGCCCUGGAGGGUACACGCAGCCGCAGACAGGAGGCGCUGUCGGUGCAGGUAUCUGAACGCCGUGGUCUGCAGGAGAGCGGGGGACUCGUCAAUUUUACCCAUGAGCUGCUCAGAGAGACAGACCCUCCAUGCUUUGUGCAGGCGGCCAGAGUCACACACAACAGACUGGUGAAAGCCAUAGAAAACCUCCAGAGUUUCACCCUGUCGGCCGACCCCUCGUUCAGACACUUUCACCUUGACGCCUCCAGAGAAGUUAAACUCAUCAGCAAUGUGAACUUCAUACAGGCCCCUCUCGCCCCGGUCAUCGACACCCAGAAGACGUUAGCCUAUGACCAGCUGUUUGUGUGCUGGCGCCUGCCCCAGGACUCUGCCCCAGCCUGGCAUUUCUCUGUGGAAUACCAGCGUCGCUCGGGGGCCACUGGAGCCACGUGGGGGGGCACCGGGUCGCCAAACGCUGCCGUGUCAUGGCAACGCGUGGACGAAGUGAGAGGGACAUCGGCGGUGAUCGAGCGGCCGCAGAUGGACAGUGUGUACGUGCUCCGGGUCAGAGGAUGCAACAAGGCUGGAUUUGGAGAGUACAGUGAAGAGGUGUAUCUGCACACCCCGCCUGCUCCUGUCCUCAGUUUCUCUCUGGACUCUCGCUGGGGCCUCCACGCUGACCGCUUGGCUCUGGGUAAAGGCCUGACGUAUGCCCGCAGCGUCCCGGGACUGUCUCUGCUGCAGGCGGCUGAUCGUGCUCUCACUUCCUGUCACCUGACCUCUGACCUGCUGGUGGCCGACUUGGCAGUGACUCAGGGCAGACACUACUGGGCAUGCUCAGUGGAGCCUGGAUCUUACCUUGUGAAGGUGGGAGUGGGACAGGAAACCAAACUCCAGGAGUGGUUUCACCUUCCUCCAGACAUCACCAGCCCUCGCUGUGACCCGGACAGCGGCCAUGACAGCGGUGCAGAGGAUGCUCAGGAUUGCCCCUCCUUCUGCUUCCUGACGAUGGGCAUGGGGAAGAUCCUGCUGCCUCAGGGCCACACUCAGAGUCAUGCCGAGAGUCAUAGCCAGGGGGCAGUGCUCUCUCACAGCAGCAGCGGUCACAGCUCCCUGUCCCACCCUCUCACGGCUCCUCUGCCCCCUCGCCUGGGGGUCUGUCUGGACUGUGACAAAGGCCGGGUGACCUUCUAUGACGCCCACUCACUGCGGAUGCUCUGGAACGGACCGCUGGACUGCUCUGCCCCGGUUUGCCCCGCCUUCUGCUUCAUCGGGGGCGGAGCGCUCCAGCUGCAGGACCUGAUAGCCAAUAGGAACAUAGAAUGA